CUUAGCCUCACUUCUGGUCUUCUGUAUUGCACCACUUCCUCCUUGUGUUCAUACAAUUUUGUUUUGUUGACUUCAGACAGUCAUUUCAACCUGCCACAUUGAUUUUUAAACCCUGCAUCUCUGCAGAGUGUUUCUGGUUCUUAUUCGCACCCAGCUGGGUCUCAGUCGGAAAUUCGAUGAAUAAGCUUCUUAUUUUGUGAUCCAAAUCAUGGGGAAAAUAUUUACUGGAGCUGGACUAAGGGAACAGCCUGAUACAAACCAUCUGAGAAGUGGUCUGUGGUUAGAGAACCACUCUUUAAGAGGGACCUUUUAAAGAACUUAAAUCAUUUUGUAGUGGCUAAAUUGGACUUUCUCAGGUGCUUGAAUAGAGUGACCUUGGCAACAAUUCAAAAUAAAGUUGUUUGCUCAGGAUUGUUUUCAGUAGCUCUGGUCCUGUAAGAUGAUUUGGGACAUCAGAAUUAAUAUAUUUCGCUUGUGAUUCCAAUAUACUUGUCACUCUUUUAGUCUUGGGUGACCAGGACACCCUAAGAAGACAUUUACACAGCCUAGAAAAAUACAUAUGCCUUUUUCUGCCAACAUAGUGCUGUUGAUUUUGUUAGGGGACCAAUUUCCGUCUUAAAUAUAAUAGUGUAUUUUUUAAAUGCCCUUGUAGAAUAUCUAGUAACUUCAAGCCAACUUAUUUUCCACGAAGUUAUGAGGUUGCAUGGACAAAUUCCAUUUAUGAUUCAUGACAAUUUUGUUUUCUGCCAAAUAGGCUCGUUCUCCGAAAGGGCCUUUACCUGAGGCGAUGAUGGGGUCGCUGUGCUGGUUCACGUUUUACAUCCCUUUGCUAUCGCCCGCUCUGGCUGGCGGUGUCACCCGAGUCUAUUACCUGGGGAUCCGGGAGGUGGCCUGGAACUACGCUCCGUCAGGAAGGAACGUACUUGCUAAUGAAAGCAUUGAAUAUAACCUCAAGUCUUCAGUGUUCCUCCAGCCUGGUGCAGACAGAGUGGGAAGCACGUACAGGAAAUCUGUCUAUAAGCAAUACACAGACUCCACAUAUACCACUGAGAUUCCCAAACCUGCCUGGCUGGGCUUUCUUGGGCCCAUCAUCCGAGCAGAAGUGGGGGAUACCAUUAAAGUACAUCUAAAAAAUUUUGCUAGUCGGCCAUACACAAUCCAUCCUCAUGGCGUUUUCUACGAAAAGGACUCUGAAGGAUCCCUGUAUCCCGAUAUGUCCCCCCAGGAUCAAAAGAAGGAUGAUGCUGUUUUCCCAGGAGGGAAUUACACCUAUACUUGGACUGUCCCCGAAGAUCACAGCCCAACUGCUGAUGAUCCGAACUGCUUGACCUGGAUCUACCAUUCUCAUAUUGAUGCACCAAAGGACAUUGCAUCUGGAUUAAUUGGGCCACUGCUAACAUGCAAAAAAGGGAUACUUACUGGCAAUUCUCAAAGACGCCAGGAUGUGGACAUUGAUUUCUUUCUGAUGUUUAGUGUGGUGGAUGAGAAUCUAAGCUGGUACCUGGAUGCGAACAUAGCAUCAUUCUGUACAGAUCCAGGCUCUGUAGACAAAGAAGAUGAGGAAUUCCAAGAGAGCAACAAAAUGCACGCUAUUAAUGGCUACGUCUUUGGGAACCUCCCUGAAAUGGCGAUGUGUGCUGGGGAUUAUGUUGCAUGGCACCUCUUUGGGAUGGGCAAUGAAAUCGAUGUUCACACAGCCUACUUCCAUGGGGAGACGCUUGUUAUCAGAGGCCACAGGACAGAUGUGGCCAGCCUAUUCCCAGCCACUUUUGUCACGGCAGAUAUGAUUCCCAGUAACCCUGGGAGAUGGUUGCUGAGCUGCCAGGUCAACGAUCACAUACAAGCUGGAAUGGCGGCACUCUAUGAAGUCCGACCUUGUUCCCGGCAAGCUGCAAAAUCCACCCUUAAAGGGAGAGUUCGGAAAUACUACAUAGCUGCAAAGGAAGUGCAGUGGGACUACGGCCCCUCUGGGCUGGACCGAAGCAGCGGGAAGCAGUUAACUGAGGCAGGCAGCCCCGCUGAACAGUUUUUCAAGCGUAGCCAUUACCGAAUUGGGGGAAUUUAUUGGAAGGCAAAGUACGUGGAAUACACUGAUGAGACCUUCCGUGAGGAAAAAAAGCAAUCAGAAGAAGAGAAACAUCUUGGGAUACUGGGUCCGGUGAUAAAAGCUGAAGUUGGAGAUACCAUCGUGGUGACAUUUGUUAACAAAGCCUCCUGGCCCUUCAGCAUCCAUCCUCAUGGAGUGUCUUACAGGAAGGAGUGGGAAGGAAUGCGCUACCAUGAUGGUGUGUCACAGAAUGGGUUUUCUGUUCAGCCUCUGCAUAACUUUACAUACCAGUGGACAGUACCGCAGCAUGUAGGGCCCAUGCCUAGCGACCCUCCCUGCCUCACCUGGAUGUACAGCUCUGCUGUGAAUCCUGUCAGAGACCCCAGUUCAGGCUUGGUGGGCCCUCUGGUGAUCUGCAAGCCUGGGACUCUGGAUGAAAACAACAAGCAGAAAGGGAUCGACAAAGAAUUUUACCUUCUCUUCAGUGUGUUUGAUGAGAAUCUCAGCUGGUAUUUAAAUGCAAACAUUAAAUACUAUUUGAGGAUGGAAGAGACUUCAGUGAAAAAGGAUAAUGGCUUCGAGGAAUCGAACAGGAUGCAUGCCAUCAAUGGGUUUAUGUUUGGUAACUUGCCUGGGCUGGAUGUGUGUGAAGGAGACAAAGUGUCCUGGCACCUACUGGGCUUGGGUACGGAAGCGGAUGUGCAUGGAGCUGUGUUUCGGGGCAACACCCUGCAGAUGAAUGGGAUGCGAAGGGAUUCCACCAACCUGUUCCCCCAUACGUUUGCUACUGCCUUUAUGCAACCUGAUAACAAAGGGAUUUUUGAGAUCUACUGUCAAACAAGCAAUCACUUCCAUGCUGGGAUGAGGGAGCACUACUCGGUUUCUAAGUGCGGCCAGAGGGACGCCGCUCCUGCACGCCGCUACGAAGGGGUGCGGACCUACUACGUGAUGGCUGAGGAGGUGGAGUGGGACUACGCGCCCGAGCGGCGCUGGGAGCGCGAGCGGCACAACGGCUCCGCGCAGAGCUAUUCCAAUGUAUUUUUGAGCAAUGAAAAUGGACUGCUUGGUUCCAAGUAUAAGAAAGCAGUUUAUAGGGAAUAUACUGAUGGGACAUUCCAGACCCCGAAGGCCAGGAUAAAUGGUGAUGAACAUCUAGGAAUCCUGGGCCCUUUUAUGUGGGCAGAAGUAGGAGAUAUUCUCAAUAUUGUGUUCAAGAACAAUGCAACACGACCCUACUCCAUCCAUGCACAUGGAGUACUGGAAAAGGAGACAGGACAGCCACAAGCAGCAAACCCUGGUGACAUUGUGACAUACAGAUGGGAAGUUCCUGAGAGAUCCGGUCCAGGGCCGAAUGAUUCAGCCUGUAUCCCUUGGAUCUACUACUCCAUGGUGGACCCCAUAAAGGAUAUGUACAGUGGUCUGAUUGGACCCCUGAAGAUCUGCCGGAAAGGUGUGCUGCAAUCCAAUGGGAUUAGGAAGGAUGUAAAGAGGGAGUUUGCCCUACUGUUCUUGGUGUUUGAUGAGAAUCAGUCCUGGUACUUGGAGGAGAACGUGGAACGUUAUGCUCAUAGGAAUCGCAGAGAAAUCGACCUGCUGGAUGACAUAUUUGUGGAAAGCAACAAAAUGCAUGCAAUCAAUGGGCGGCUCUAUGCAAACUUGCCUGGACUGACCAUGUUCGAAGGAGAGUGGGUGAACUGGUACCUGCUGGGAAUGGGUCAAGAGAUUGAUGUGCACACAGUCCAUUUUCAUGCUGAGACCUUCACAUACAAGAAUGGCAAAAGCUACAGAGCAGAUGUUGUGGAUCUGUUCCCUGGGACCUUUGAAAUGGUGGAGAUGUUGCCUGGGAAUCCUGGCACAUGGCUGCUUCAUUGUCAUGUAUCUGAUCAUAUUCAUGCUGGCAUGGAGAUACUCUUCAAUGUCUUGCCCAAACCAGAACCAGCACCUGAAGUUGUGAGCGACAAUAAAGAGACACCACCUGAGGAUGAGUCCCAGAAGGUGAUGCUAUUCGGAGCUAAGUUGGCUCCAGGGCAUGUAGAAGCCACAGUCAUCAUUCUAGCUGUUGCAGGAAUAGUGCUCUUCCUGGUUGCCAGUCUCCUCCUGGGAAUGGUUAUCCAUCUCGAGAAGCAAAGGAGGUUAAGGCGCAAUAGGAGGUCCAUUCUGGAUGAUGGAUUCAAACUCAUGUCUAAAAAGAAUCAUGGGAUAUAAGACCCAUGUACAGAUUUUGGACCGUGUACGUGGAGCAGAAGCUGGAUCGCUGUCCACACCAAGAUGUUGCAGCAUCAUUUCUGUUCCACACUAGACUUCUGGAAAGCUAAAGAAGAAAGCUGGAGUUCUUUGUAUAUCUUUAAGAACUCAAUAAAGAAAAAGACCCUUCAGGAGAAAUCUGAGGAUCAACUGAAGAAAAGUAACUUUUCUUUAGGAAAGAUUACUGUAAGGCAUUCCUUUGUCCCAAGAAAGUGCAGAGAUGUUUUCUGCUUUCUCCAAAAGACUCUACUUGAUUGUUUUUGGUAAAAAGAACUUUCAAUCCAGAUUCCAGUCUUGCUCUGCUGUCAGAACUGGUUUGGGGACUCUCUCCCUGCAGAUCUGUAGAACUGUGAAACUUUAAACACUGUGAAGGAGGAAAAUAAUAUUUGCUU